GUUCAGCUAAAGAUCCACUCUUUGUUGACCGCGCCUCACUCGAUUUCAAAUUUGCGAACACUCAUCCGCCUCCUUUCCGCGAUCCACCCUCCAUGAUAACCCAACUUAACCCGUCACACUCUCAUGAUUCGCCGGUAAAUUCAAGUCCCAGCACGGACUUGAACCGUCCGUCAAAAAAUAUCCCAUGUACAACACGUCCUCUGAAGGAGUCAUUUGGCGCUUGGCGAGGUAAAAUAUCAUUUCUGUCUCCCAUCCCAGAGCGAAAUCUAGACUUUCCGCGUGCGCGAACCUUUUCCGAGGUUGCGCGCCCGUUCUGUUCUAUAUUCGAUAUCCUCUUUUUUUCGAUUUGAGCAGUCCCCAUGGAGGUGUCGAUCCACUAACCGGAUCCAUUGGUUCCUCGUGAAUAAUCCUCACGCCAGAAGAGCAUAAUUGCUCGGGAGUGUUGUGAAGUGUUGGUGUGCACAUGUGGUAAUUUGAUUUCCUGGCCACACGUGUGUAGUGACGAAAAAUGGAUCAGUCAAGUGUGGAGGAGGCUGUCUCGAGCAAUCAGGCCAUAGAAGAAGAGGCCGAGGCUCAGGCCGAGAGUCAAGAUACGGUCCAUCCUGAUCUGCUGAAUAACAAUCAGAUUGGAAGCAAGUCCUUCCAGCCCAUUCCAGCCUUUAGCAACAAUACCCUGAAGAAGAAUCGGAAUAACGUGCCCGUUCGUCGGAAGAACUAUGGACCUCCGCCCGUGCCCUCACCUCGACUUUAUCGACACAGGAAGAUGUCAUUUCCUAUAUCCAUGAGCUCGAGUGGAGGUGCAGGUCUCCUUAUGGGCUCCCCCGGAACUUUAGGUGGGAAUUAUGGCAACCUAGAAUUGCCGGAAUUGGCCAAUCGACGCAUGCGACGCUUUUCGAAUGUAAGCGAUGCGGUGUCCAGAAAGCUCUCGACCACCAUUGGAUGGCGGACAGUGAGUGUCCAGGACAUUGUCAAUCAGGCCAAGAGUCUCUGCGGUCAGUAUAUGCGGUCUCGCUUGAAGCGAUCCGGAUUGUUCAACCGGAAACUGGGUCUCCAAAGACUCCGGAGUGUGGUGAAUCUACCCGGCGGGUUGUUGGUGUGUGAAGUGUUUGCUCAAUUACAAGCCAUCGGGCUUGAACUGGAAAGACUCCAUCCUAAGCUGUACACGGGGAUUUGUCGUCAGGUGGCCGUCACAAUCACCUCGGAGAAGUCGGUGGGCAAUGUCUUGAGUUCAAUCGCUCGAGAGUUGUUCAAGAUGGACAUAUCUUGGGGGAAAAUUGUCUCUCUCUAUUGUAUCGUUGGUGGGUUGGCCGUGGAUUGCGUCCGCCAUGGCCAUCCUGAAUACCUCUUUGGCUUGGUCGAGACCAUGGGUCUGGUCAUUGAGCGAGAUGUGGCCACAUGGAUGGCUCAGCAGGGAGGAUGGGCUGCCCUAUUAUCGCGAUAUCGACCACCGGAUGAGGAUCACGGGGUGUUUCAGAUGAUCGCCCUGUCCGUGGUGUGUCUCAUUUUCCUCCUUGUGGGCAUUGUUUUUGUCAUUCGCACCGUUGGAAAGAUCGCUUUAGGCAUGAAUCGAAUUCAAUUCAGGCCUCUGUCAAAUUUUGUUACCGAUACUGUGGAGGAACCUCCAGAAUGAAUUGUUAUCAUGUCGUCAAUAAAAAUCAGUCGACAAACCAA